GACAUGUAACAUUCUAAAAGCUGGGUCUCAUUGUAGUUAUUUGAAACAAACUUAUAUUAAUUCUUGCUUAAAAGAUUUAGGAUUGCAUGUAUGUCUAGUGUGUUCUAAUGUGGAAUAAGAUCAAUGAACUUUUUUUUGGUGUACUUUGUUGUAGCUUCUGUUCUUCCAAUUCAUGAAAUUGUGCCUUGGGCACAUGAUGUUGGGCAAAAGUGGUAGUAGAUGCUUGCCAAGUGUUCCACACAUGGGGGUUGAUGUCCAGAACGUUGAUGCUGAUUUUCUUGUUGCUUCUUCUCACAAGGUAGAACUGUCUAAUUAUCUGUAUGAAAACCUACGAUCACUCCCCAACGUACAAAUAUAUUGCCCAGUACCUUCCCAAAUUGUCCAGCGAGCUGCGCUUUUUUCUUUCAACGUUAAAGACAUUCAUCCUACAGAUAUUGCAACUUUUCUUGAUCAACAGCAUGGAGUAGCUAUUAGAUCUGGUCACCACUGCGCACAGCCUCUCCGUCGAUUUUUAGGAAUAAAUGCAAGUGCACGGGCAAGCCUUCACUUUUACAACACAAAAGAGGACGUUGAUGACUUCAUUCAUGCUCUUAAUGACAUAGUCAGCUUCUUCACAUCUUUCAAGUAGCCGAUAUCCUCUGUGAAUGCUGGACGCGUUUAAAUUGGGUUCUUUACUUUGCUUAUGUU